UUGCUUUGCGGCAGGGCUGGCCACGACAGCCUGAUGCAAUCGGCUUGCCAGUCGGCGUCAGAACUGCAGAGCUGAGCGAGAAACGAGCUGCCGGGUCAGCCGCGCCCAGCCUUCCGGGAGACCCUUUCCCAAAGCCACUAUGUCGGAGAUCAUCCUGGAGAAAACGGACAGGCUGAGCCUGGGAGAGGUUUAUGUAUCUGAUCGAGAAGGAUGUGACAGCACUGGUGAUGGGACACAGGAGAAACCUUUCAAAACAGCUUUGCAGGCAUUGAUGUCUACUGGAAAGGAACCAUUUCCUACUAUCUAUGUGGACUCACAAAAAGAAAACCAGAAAUGGGAAACUAUCUCCAAAAGCCAACUCAAGAAUGUGAAAAAGCUGUGGCAGAGAGAGCAGCAGAAGAAUGAAGCCAGAGAAAAGAAAGAGGCAGAAGAUUUAUUGCGACGUGAAAAGAAUUUGGAGGAAGCAAAGAAAAUUAUCAUUAAGAAAGACCUUAGUCUCCCGGAGCCCAAAUGUGUGAAGAUUUGUGCCCUGGAACCCUACAGAGGAGAGAGAGUAAAGGUGUUUGGUUGGGUCCAUCGAUUGCGUCGGCAGGGGAAAAACUUGAUGUUUAUUGUCUUAAGAGAUGGCACAGGUUUCCUUCAGUGUGUCUUGUCAGAUGAAUUGUGUCAAUGUUACAAUGGUGUGGUCCUUUCAACUGAGAGCACUGUUGCUAUAUAUGGCACCCUCACCCUGGUUCCUGAAGGCAAGCAGGCUCCAGGAGGCCACGAGCUCAAUUGUGACUACUGGGAACUCAUUGGUCUGGCUCCAGCUGGAGGAGCUGAUAACCUGGUCAAUGAAGAAUCAGAUGUAGAUGUGCAGCUCAACAACCGGCACAUGAUGAUCCGGGGGGAAACCCUGAGCAGAAUCUUGAAGGUGCGCUCCACCAUCAUCCAGUGCUUCCGAGACCACUUCUUUGACCGCGGAUAUUAUGAAAUCACCCCACCAACCUUGGUUCAAACGCAGGUAGAAGGAGGAUCAACCCUCUUUAAAAUGGAUUAUUUUGGCGAGGAAGCGUAUCUGACACAGUCAUCCCAGCUAUAUUUGGAGACUUGCAUCCCAGCCUUGGGAGACACUUUCUGCAUUGCCCAGUCCUACCGAGCAGAACAGUCGAGGACACGUAGGCACCUCUCCGAAUACACUCACAUUGAAGCUGAGUGUCCUUUCAUGAGCUAUGAAGACCUGCUCAACCGUUUGGAAGAUCUCGUCUGUGAUGUGGUAGAUAGAGUCCUUAAAUCCCCAGUCUCUGAUUUAGUGUACGCCCUUAAUCCGAACUUUGAGCCUCCCAAGCGCCCCUUCAAGCAGAUGAACUACACGGAAGCCCUGAUAUGGCUCAAGGAACAUGAGGUGAAAAAGGAAGAUGACACCUACUACGAGUUUGGAGAUGAUAUCCCAGAAGCUCCAGAGAGACAGAUGACUGAUGCUAUUAAUGAACCAAUCUUGCUGUGUCGAUUUCCUGCUGAGAUUAAAUCCUUCUACAUGCAGCGGUGCCCCGAGGACUCCCGUCUUACUGAAUCUGUUGAUGUAUUGAUGCCUAAUGUUGGUGAAAUUGUGGGAGGCUCCAUGCGUAUUUGGGACAGUGAGGAGCUACUGGAAGGUUACAAGAGAGAAGGAAUUGAUCCCACCCCUUAUUAUUGGUAUACAGACCAGCGUAAAUAUGGCACAUGUCCUCAUGGUGGUUAUGGAUUAGGCCUGGAGCGAUUCCUCACCUGGAUUCUGAACAGACACCAUAUCCGAGACGUAUGCCUAUACCCUCGCUUCGUUCAGCGAUGCAAACCCUAAUCCAGAGUUUCUUGAUGGACAAAGUCUAUCCAACCUUAAAUCAGUUUUCUCCUCAUAAUUUCAUGUCUUCAUCCCACAAAUACCUGCAAAUGUUUUUUUUUUCAAAUGAAUUUAUAAUUGCUUUGAACUGGAAUUUAAAUUCCAGUAUGCUGAUUCCAGAAGUGUCUUCCCCUUUCUUGGGCUCAACCUGGUUUCAUUCUCAUGUAUUCUUUUAGCAUAUUUAAAAAACAUUGAUUGCCAGUGGAAGCUAGCUGUGGGCUGUACUGUAAGGUCAUACAAUCUGUAACAACACUUUAUAGACCUGGGCUCUCGGAAAACUAUAAAGCAAAAAUGCAAAGCAUCUCAUAAUUUUUAGUAGGAGCUGGAUUUAGGAUUUGAUUUCAGAUUUAGGGAAAAUGAACUAUUCAACAUUGGGAGGUAGACUUUGCCAAUACGGAUAGCAAAUGUGAGUUGCCGGCAAAUAAAAUGGUUUUUAAAAAUAAAGAAAAAUCCAGGGGAAAAAAGGACAAUUCUAGCCCAGUUUUGACCCAUUACUUUAGGAUCUUAGAAACAGUCUUCUGAGCUAUCUUAAUAGCAUUCAGUGCUUUCAUAAGGAUGACUACUAUUUAAGUUCCAUCAUUUCUCAUGAGAAAGCUUUCUGUAUUUUACGGUUAAUUAGCUUGCAUUUCAAGAUCUGUGUAUAUGGGUUAUGUUAAAUGGUUGGUUCAGAAAAAUACUUGAUGUCUUUAUUCCUCCCAGCAGAGCUGGCAUUGAAAAAAGCUGAAUAUAUUACUACACUCUUGAUAUUUCCUAGUCUGCAAGUAUCUGGGCCGAGUUGUGUUUAACUUUCCUAUAAAUGUCUUUACUGACAUAGUUGAAAUGUAAACUGCCUUUGAGCCACCAAAACAAUUAGGAAAAAAAUGUAAAAGGGACAUAGGAGAUUCUGGAUUUCCAGCUCUGGCAGAAUUCUUUGAUGUACAUUUUAUCUCAACUUUACACAUUUCUGUUAACUGCCGUGUCUGUUCCCAUUUCAAGAGCAGCAAUCAAUAAAUUCAGAGCAUUGGAGGGACAAAAGUAUUCCACA